AUGGGUAAAAAGGAUAGGCAGCGCAAAAAGCUGCGUCAGUUUAUCCGGAAGAAGAAAGAGCAAGAGCGACUCACUAAGAUUCGAGAACUGGACAUCUCACACCAAGAUAUUGAGACUACAGAUAAAGUGAAUGAUGAAUCAAAUGGGGAAAUUUCACGUGAAGAUAUUGGUACCGUAAACCAAGAGAGCUCAAAAAACUCCGUUGAUAGCGCUCUUCAGAAUAUAGUAGCAAAUACUUCUCAAACUUCAGGCAGCGCACAUACGCAGAUCAACGUAGAGGACGGAUGUGAAGCUGCUGUGAAUGAAAGCAACUAUAUCAAACCAAUAAGAAAAGAACUUUUGCAAGAUCCAGAAUCUGACUUGCCCGGUUUUGUUGCUGGUCUGAUAGAAGAGCAAGAGGUGGAAUAUCUCGAGGCACACAGGUCCUCACAAAAUUAUGGUACAAUCAAUAGGAAGAGCACGGACCAAGUACAAGUGCAAGGAGUUUCACAGACAAAACCAUUCGAUGAGGAUACAACUUCAAGCCAGGAAUUGCAAAUCUCCGGCGCGAGAAUAAAUGCUAUUAUGCUUUCUAUGUACCUGGGAAUAUUCCUUGCUGCUAUUGAUAAUACUAUAAUUUCUACAAUUUCGGCGCAUAUUGCAUCUGAAUUCAAUGAGCUACCCAAGAUUUCGUUGGUUGCAACAGCUUAUCUACUUUCAAGUGCGACUUUCCAACCACUAUACGGUAAAGUUUCAGAUAUCUUCGGCCGAAAACCACUAUUAAUUUUUACCAACGUUGCAUUUCUCUGCGGUUGUCUAAUUUGCAGCUUAAGCAACUCAUUAUGGUGGUUGGUUUUUGGUAGAUUUAUAGCAGGAAUCGGAGGCGGAGGUGUGACUUCCAUGAGCUCCAUUACCAUCACCGACAUUGUCCCUUUGAGAGAAAGAGCUUUAUAUCAAGGUAUAUGUAAUUUUUUCUUCGGACUUGGUACUGCAUGUGGUGGUAUAGUUGGGGGUUGGUUUAGCGACAGCUUUGGUGGUUGGAGAAUGGCAUUUUUAGUUCAGGUACCACUAUCGGCAAUUAGUGUAAUCCUAAUAAUAUCUUUUCUGCAACUACCACCUAAAGCUGAAGAUAUAGAUUCCAACGAUGAAGGCUGCUCCGGUAUUAGGUCCAAAUUAUUAGCCAUCGAUUGGCUGGGUGCAACUGCCAUGGUUAUGUUUUUAUCAUUAUUUUUGGUGACGGCUUCCUUAGGAGGAAAAGAAAUACCAUUUGAGUCGAAGAUGUUCCCUACAAUGUGCUUUGCAUCCGUUUUAAGUUUUGCAAUAUUUGUUUACGUCGAACUAAAAGUUGCCAUAGAUCCAAUCUUACCAUUAUCGUUUCUAAAAGACAGAAAUGUGCUGGGAUCGAGUUUAAGCAAUUGCUUUGGAAUGAUGUCCAUGAUGACAACAAGUUACUACUUACCAAUCUACUUCUCUGGGGUAUUGAAUAUGAAACCAAUUGAUAUCGGUAAAAGGUUAGCGCCAAACUUCUUCAGCGUAUCAUUUGGCUCUCUGGGAGCCGGCUACUACAUGAAGAAAACUGGGAAAUACUAUUGGUUUGUGGUCUUGUUCUGCGUAAUUGCCGUACUGGGACAGCUGCAAAUCUACUUGAUACGACCCACUAUAGCCACUUGGAGACAGUUUAUACUGACAAUGGUGCCGGGGUUUGGCGCAUCUGUUAUGAUAACCGUGUCGCUUUUGGCAAUGAUUGCCGCGGUGCCACAGCAACACCAGGCCUCCACCACAUCCAUCUCCUACGCUUUCAGAUCGGUUGGCUGUACACUGGGUGUCGCCAUCGGUGGUGCCAUCUUCCGUGAAUCGCUAAACGACUAUCUAAACAAGCAAGUUAUGGAGUUUUUGUCAGACAAAUAUCCAAAGGAAAAACUGCUGAGGAUCAUUCACAGCGCCUCAAGCUCGUCGGAGUGGGUACAUACUUCGUCUCCCAAGAAUCUACGUCCAACUCUGAUCAACUGCUACCACCUAGCAUGCAAGAACACUUUCUUGUUCUGUCUCCUAUGCGCUGUAGCAACUCUGAUGAGCAUUUCAAUUAUCAGAGAGAAGAAACUUCACGCGACGAUUGACAGAAGCGAGUCAACCGCGGAAGAGUCAACCCACCUUGUUUAG